AUGAUGGGCAGUUUCGCCCGUGUCUCCGUUCUCGCGUCGCAAUUGACUGUGUUGAGCUCCGCCAACACAACUGUUCCGGUGCUGCCCCCAGUAGUAAGCGACGCGGUGCCUUGUGGCGUAGUAGAUCGGCCGUCCUCAGCGGGGCCGCUGCGGUGCCAUGAGCAGGCGACUACGGACUGCCCUGGCCUGUCUGAGCUCUCGCACAGCUGUCCAGCCAGCUGCCCCUACGUGGCCCCGCACCCGUACCUGAGCUGCGUGUUCGAGUGCGCUUCUGCAACAAGCUGUUCCAGCGCCAACGCCAACCGUGCAUAUCCGAACAACCACACGAAGCAGUGCGAGCCUUGCUCGGUCGUGGGCUGCCGGCGUUGCGCUUCGCAGGACACGUGCGCCGAGUGCUUUGAAAACUUUUGGCCGGAAUUCGGUGGCAGAGUGUGUGUUUAUGUAUGGGACGACCGUGCACAGAGUGGCGUCCAUGCGGCUUUCGCUUUUGCUUUGCUCACCGUCCUCCUCGUCUCUGCAGGAGUCUAUGUGAUAGACCGCUGCAAUUGUUUCGGCCGGUGCCUUCCACAAGAGAUCGAGAGCACCGCCAAUGAGUUGGAAGAGGACGAGGAAGAUGCACUCGUCCGUGUACAGCAUGAAUGUAGCCUGUCGAAGUUUGACACUCAAGGACAGAGCCAAGAAGCGAUGGAACCCGAUGACUACGACACCACCUUGCUGGCCAUCAACCAGGGCAAGCUCCACCGCCUGCGGUGCAAGGUGAAGAACUUGGAGCCACAACGGACAGAGGGGAUGCGCCACUCACAGAGUCUCUUGGGGCACAUGGAGCGUCAGCAGGUCGUGCAGGAGUUUACGUCCACAACGCUUCUGGGGCGCUUCAAGAACGUCCACUUCGGCGUGGAUCUUCACAAGAAGUUUCUGGUGGGCGUUGGGCUGCCACUCUUCCAUCAGUGGCACUUAUUCCUGGCCGUGUACAGCCUGAUCAUGUGUGCUGGGACUGCCUGGAUCUACUGGGGCUCCACGCUCAGUGGGCAGCUGAUGCGCGCAGGCUUUGGCGAGACAGAGGAGAACGCAGCACGGCCCCAGUGGAUUUUGUGA